GUACUGCCUGAAGGUGAAGGAAAUGGAUGAUGAAGAAUACAGCAGUAUUGCCAUGGGAGAGCCCCUGUAUCGAGUCAGCACUGGUAACUAUGAGUACCGGCUGGUGCUGCGGUGUCGGCAGGAGGCUCGGGCCCGCUUCGCCAAAAUGAGGAAGGACGUUCUGGAGAAGAUAGAGCUGCUGGAUCAGAAACAUGUCCAGGACAUCGUGUUCCAACUGCAGCGCUUCGUCUCAGGCAUGUCGCACUACUAUGACGAGUGCUACGCCGUCCUGAAGGAGGCGGACGUCUUCCCCAUCGAAGUGGACUUGUCCCGCACCAUGAUCAACUACAGCAGCCAGCCAUUCUCCUACCCUGGAGAUGAGGAGGAGGACGAGGAAGGAGAGGGAGGAAGAGGCGGAGAGGAAGGGGGAAGCGGCGUGGGAAGACAAGCAGAGAACGGCGCUGAGAAACUGAUUGAUGACGAAUAAGACUGCGUGCGUGCGUGCGUGCGUGCGUGCGUGCGUGCGUGCGUGCGUGCGUGCGUGGAGAUGAAGGCCACCACUCUAACUUAACUGUUCUUCACUUUCAUUUAAAGUCAGUGCACAAAGGUGAAAAACUACUGAACCCUGCUGCUGUAUGUUGGUCUCUUGGUGGCUUUGUUGUUAUUUUACCAUAGUGAAUUUUGACUUCUUGCUUUUUGAUGUGACCGCUCUCCACAUGUGAGAGAAAGUAACAGAAGAACGUUAUUUUAAUCUGAAUGUUAUGGAGGGGUUUUAAUGAGGCAUAGUAGGAUUUAAAUGCAUAACGAGGUGUGCCUUCUUAGCCCUGGAUGAAGUGUAAUUUGUCUGGGAUGCAUUUCAAUUUGUGCAUUGUGGAUGACUUUACUUUGUUAUUUUCUUUGCUACAUAUUUUGGACAGGUAUUUAUUUAUUUAGCUACCUGAGCUGUUAUUUUGUGGUAAAUAUCAAGCGUCUACAUACUACUACAGAGACAUUUUCUCCUCAGCUUAACAAACAGAAAGCAAAUGACGCUGUUGUAUAAAUAUACAAAAUGAAGGUGUUGAAGAUAAUGCAAGACAUAAUUCUGUUCCUACAUGAAGUGUUUGUUACGUGCAGCUGUUACACUCCUUUGUCCCCCUUUCUCUUCUUCCCUGCACGUGUUUUGUUGUCACACAGGGGAAGGCUUGCAUUUACCUCAGUGUCCAACUCUGAAAAGCUUCACAACCAAACUUUUUUAAUAAGGUCAUUCAGUCUGUACUUAUUCACACUGCUCGCUCUAAGGUAAACUGUGUUAUUUUCUUCCAACACUCACCUGCAUUGCAGACUUUCCCCGUUUUUUUUAUUCCAGCAAAAUUUUAUCCCCUCGCUGUUUCUGUCUAGGAGGAGAAAGCUGAUGGACACACACAGCCUCACAGAGCUUUACCACUGUGUGGAAACGUUUUGGAAAAUGCAAACACUACAGAACGUAAACAUGUAUAAAGGGUACUUCCCUUUCCCUUUGUGUAACUUUCUUGUCAUUCCAGCUUUAUUUAUUCUUAUUUCAAGAUAUAUAAACGUUUUGAUUAUCAAUAGAAUGCAAGAUUGAUUCUAUAUUAUAAUGAAUAUAAUUA